AUGGAGACCCUGAGUGUUCAGGUGAACAUGUCCAUGGAGGAAGAGGUGAUGGAGGACCCGGAGCUGAAAAACGAGAAACAGAGCACUUCCCUGGUCAAGCUCUGGGCAGACCUGGAGGCAGUGAAAGCCCCCUCUGGGGGGGGCCCUCUCCGGCAGGUGAAACGUGAACCCAAAGAGGGGCUGCAGGAGUGCUGGGAAGCCCAGUGGCAGGAGUUCCUCAGGAGCCUGCAGGGCCCUUGUUCCAACAGGGGCCACACUGAGAAGGUGGAGCCAUGGGCCGACGUGAAGACCUUCCUGGCUUCCUUUGAGCAAGUUGCGUCUGCCUGCUGGUGGCCCCGGGACCAGUGGGUGACUCUUCUUGUGCCAGGACUCAGUGGAGAAAUUGAGGAGGCCUUCAACAGCCUCGGCAGCCAAGAGAGAGGAGACUAUGGGAAGGUAAAGGAGGCCAUCUUGCGAGGGGAGGCCCUGGCCAGGGAGAGGCAGCACCAGGACUUCCGGCAGUUUUGCUACCAGGAGACAGAGGGGCCCCGGGCCAUUUACGGGCAUCUCCAGGAACUUUGCUGGCGGUGGCUGAAGGCUGAGAGGUGCUCGAAGGAGGAGAUCCUGGAGCUGCUGAUCCUGGAGCAGUUCCUGACCGUCCUGCCCACGGAGAUGCAGAACUGGGUCAGGGCUCACAGCCCUGAGACUUGCACUGGGGCUGUGCUCCUGGCCGAGGAGUUCCUGUCGAAGCAGAGCUCGGUGAAACAGGAGGAAGAGGUGAGGGCUCUGAGUCCAGGUCCUUUGGGGGGGGUGGCAAUUGAGGACCCUUCCCAGGGAGGCCAAUUUCCACCACUAGGUUCAUGGGGAUGGCAGCUGUCCAAGGAGACCAAGCUGGACAUUGACAAAGACGUGGCUUCAUUUGGUGACAGUCAUGGGCAGAUGAACCAAGACAACCAUCUUCAUCAGACCACUUCUGAGGCACCAGAAGAUGAGAUACUAAAAAGAGACAUCACAGCCCAGCCUUGCAAGGAGGAAAUGAGGCCUGGGAACCAGGAGGGUCCAGAGACAAAAUGGAAAUCCCAAAGAAGAAGCUUGGAUGAAACUGUUUCUGUUGGGAAAAGUGAUUCCAAUCCAGAAGAAGCCAAGACUGGCCAUAAAAUCUACCAGUGCCAUUGUGGCAAAAGUUUCCGAUGGAACUCCAAUUUUCGGGUACAUGAAAGAAUUCACACUGGAGAGAAGCCAUAUAAGUGUAUGGAAUGUGGUAUCGGUUUUCGUAAAUCUGUCCAACUAAAGGCCCACAAAGCAAUUCACACAGGCGAGGCCCCUUUUCGGUGUUCUAUGUGUCAGAAAACCUUUACCAGCAGCUCCAACCUCAUUGCCCACAAGAGGAUUCAUACAGGAGAGAAACCGUACAGAUGCACAUACUGUGGGAAAAGCUUCCGGCAAAAGGGGACACUCACGACACAUGAAAAAAUUCAUAUGGGUGAGAAGCCUUUCAAAUGCUUGACGUGUGGGAAGAAUUUCCGCCAGAAGGGAACUCUUACCACCCAUGAAAAAAUCCACUUGGGGGAGAAACCCUACAAAUGUUCCAACUGUGGGAAGAAUUUCCGCACCUCGACGGACCUGAGGGUUCACGAGAGGAUCCACACCGGGGUGAAACCAUAUCAGUGUUCUGUGUGCCUGAAGAGUUUCACUGAUGGGUCAAACCUCAUCACCCAUGAGCGAAUUCACACUGGAGUGAAACCAUAUCGGUGUGCACAUUGUGGGAAGAGCUUUUGUCAGAAGUCUGGCCUGAUGACACAUGAACAAGUUCAUACAGGAGUACAUCCAUCCAGGCACUCAGCAGAUCAGAAGCAUUUAGGGGAGAG